CAGAGAGAGAGAGAGGGGUAGAUAGAGAAGGUGGGUGUAAACAUCUACCAGAGCAGCACAGCACAGCACCUACAUUGAGUAGCUUCUCUUCGGCUGACGCUGACUGACAUGCACAUACCUGGCCAGUGCUUGCCGUAAGACUCCCCCUAAGUCUCCUGCAUCCCGCUGAAUUCACGCUGAUGGUGGAGGGUAAGCCCCAAGGCCACAACGACAAGAUCUGACCCCAAUAUGGCCAGCGUGGCUCUACUACUUCUGAUGCUGUUCUGCCUCCACGCUCAAGGGAAGGGAGAUAACUGUUCUGUGGCUGUCAGAGUGAAGAGAAAUACAGUGCGGACAGCUUCUAUAAUGGAUACACUGACAAUCAACUGUACAGUGCAGCAUUGUGGGAUGAAACGGAGUGUUAGAUGGUGCAAACUUGGAAAUGGAUUUGUCUGCACAAUUGUAACUAAAACAGAACAUAUUGAUACCCAUUGGCGAAAAAGCGAUGAUGAAAAAGACAUUUAUUUUUUGAAAUUCAUAAAUAUAUCCAUCAAUGAUGCUGGUCUUUACCGAUGUGAAAUGUCUGGAAAUACGUCCUUAGUCAGUCAUUCAAUUAAUGUCACUGUCAUUGCUGCAAAGGACACCGGGAACUCUCAGACUAAUGAAACCAGAACAGCUACCCCUCAAAAUGGUCAUGAACAAAAUGGCCCCCCCCCACUGGACUGGCUCCUUUAUAUUUACAUCUUGGCUGGUGUUGUGGUGCUCGUGGUCAUUGUGGUUGUGACCUCUUGCAUGCUGAAGUCUAAAGGAUCAAAACGGCCCACUGCAGCAAUACAGACACAGGGUCAGGUACAAAGGAAUUUGCAGUCUUCAGCGCCACUGAAAAAGAACGAGCCACCUCAGCCGUCUCUCCAAGCCUCGCCGUACCCCAGCCUUCCUGAGCGUCCCAGGAGCAUCCGUUCCCCACGCGCCCAGCGCCCCCCCAGUGUUCGGUCCAGCGGUGCGCCUGCCCCCACCCCUGCUCCCGCCCCUGUCCCCACCAAGAGAUCAUCCCGCACGAAACGCUCUCCAGCCAGAGAGGCUCCGCCCCCCAGCAGCAGCAGUGGUGCAGCCAGGCCGGCCGCAGUGGGCAGCAGUGGUGUCUAUGACAAUGACAGGGAAGAGGGCGAGAAUACCGUUGUAUACGCAGCCCUUAACCACCAGGUGGGGCGCAAAGUCCCAAGCCACACCUACAUCCCCAUGGAGGAGUUGACAGAGUACGCAGCCAUCCGGGUAUCCUAACAGCAGGCCUGGGCCCAGGGUAAAGACUGGGGGCCCUUUGUUUCCACGGUGCUUUUUCAGUCAGGAAUAUACCCAUUGACACAUUUGUGUCGGUAUGUGCACAAGCUUGAUAUAAAAUGUCACUAUUUUUUCUGGGUUGGGCACAUGCAUCUAUUGGAGCUCAAGAGUGUAAAUGAUGUAAAUGUCUGCUUCAGGUGAUGACAUGUCGAUCCAAUAAGUUCCAUCCAAAAAGUUCCCUUGGCUGGGAACCUUUGUCCUUAACUUGGUGGGCUAAUCAUGUCUGUUGUUGUGCAGGGCAGUCAGUAGAGGGCAUGGUUCAAAUGGUAUCAAGUGUGGACAUCUUGUGGCCAGCACAGAUUUUUUUUGUUUUGUUUUAUUUUGAAUUGUGAUGUCAUUACCCAGAAACCUGCUGGGUGACUCAGAGUUUCAGAGUUCCAGAUCAUAUUACUCAGAAAGUUUCACUGAAAUUCCCAGGGAACAUGAUCAAUAUUAUGUGAUGCUGCCCAAGGCUUUCCUCUCUGUCUUGCUGUUUUUGCCAGCAAUAUGACGGGUAAAGCCAAAAUAUAACAUAAAUAUACUAGAGGCUGGCUCUGUCCAGAGCAUUCUGUCCUGUUGUAGAUUGGUUGGUUUGAUGGCACCCAAGUUGGACUAAAAUAUUAUUUUAACACCAUAAAAAAGGGGUAAUUAACCUUAUAUAAAAAAACUUUCAUAUUUAUUAAUCGCUCUACUCCUGAUAGCUAUACAUUUUUUAUUUGUUGAAUUUCAAAUUGCAAAAUGGCACAUUACUACACGGUUGUGGUAUUAAAUUAAUAUAAACUCACUUUUUAAACAAUUCAUAUUUUUAUUUUACACAAACCUGGUUCAGAACAGAUCCAACACACCACCUGACCUAGCAGUGCAGAAACUAGUAUUUCUGUGGCUGUUUCUUGUAAAUCACUUGUUUUCAGGGCAGUGAAUGUAUUCACAUGAGAAACAUAUGCAAAUGCAUAAGACUUGUGAAACAGAAAAAAGGAUUAGUCCCUUGUGUACUAACCACAGAGAAUUUUUUUUCUUUUUACAGGGGCUGAGAGGUUUGAGGUGGGCGGAGGUGGGGAGGGGGAUUGAGGCUGUUGAGCUGAUUGUUUUGAGACCACUUUCUCCAUUACCAAACAAAGCCACUACAGAUAGAUGUGCAAUUGAAAGAACUAUCUUAUCAUACACACAAGGUAGGUGGGUUGGUGUGGGAGAGGCCUUUCUUACCAAACUGAGGCCAACUGCAAUACAACUGUUUUGGCUGUCAAAAAACCCCAAGAGAAGGGCACUGUGUAAUCUCAGCCCAAAGCUUAAACACAGGGCUGAAUCCCAUGGCACAUGUGUGUCCCUUAUGGGUAUAAUACUCUUAUUAAACACACUUCAUAUAAAAUAUCUCUGAUAGCCCCCAACACAUGUACAAUGCUAACUGGGAGUGAUAUAUGUCGUAGAACCAUAUAUUGCCCACAACCAUGUGAAACAUGGUCUAUUAUUAGUCAUUAUAAUGAAUAAUUAUAAAUUAUAAAUAUCGAGUAAUAUAUAUUUUUUUCUCCUCUUGAACUUAAUAUAAUUAAACGAGCCAGGCAUUUAAAAUCAGAAAAUUUUCCUAAGACCAAAGCUAUGGAAAGGACGCUUCUGGUAAAUUAAUAAAUGCAGGGGUGGCCCCACAGUAUGGAACUGAUCCCUGACUGUGGCCCAGAGCCCUGGAUGUUUAAAAAUAUAUAUCAUUCACUUGCCUUCCAUACUAUUGACCAGCAACAAUAAAUUUAGUCUAGCAGUGGGCAUGACAAAAAGAUUCCUAUUCUUAUUUAGUGUGGGGUCCCUGAGAAACUGCUGUCAAAGAGUUAAUGUGCAUUUACUGUAGAUGUCUUUCAUUAAAGAUUUUUGUUCAUGCUUCUAAACAGUUGACGGAACUGAGAUAGUACAAGGAUGUGCAAAGAGCACACUUCCUCUGAUUGAAAGAGUUCAGCCCCCAACAUUGUACACUAUGUUUUGCUUUGUCCAUAAACUCUGCGUGCUUCCUUUAAUUAACCUGAGACCAUGGCAAUGUAACACCAACAACUCCACUGCUAAUGACUGAACGAGAGAUUUCCACUUUAUUCUAAUAUCAAUGCAUGCUUUACACCAGUUACGCUUAUGAUUUAUUUAAUAAUCUCACAAUAAAAUUAAUGUAUACGUGAGG